AUGGCCAAAGAAGACAGAAAGAGGAAGCUCGAGGCUGAGCCUGAGCAAAAGGCCAAAAAAGAGAAGAGAGAGAAGAAGUUGAUGGAGAAGGAAGAGAAAGAGGUUAAGAAGGAGAAGAAGAAGGACAAGAGCGAGAAGAAGGACAAGAAGGAGAAAAAGGAGAAGAAGGACAAGAAGGAGAAGAAGGAGAAGAAGGAGAAGAAGGAGAAGAAAGAGAAGAAAGAAAACUUCUAA